AUGUCUUCAAUGGCCAAAAAUGUUACUCAGUCUCCCAUUGAAAGAAAUAGCUUGGCUUCACUGGACCAAAAGCUAGCCAUGGCCAAGCGCUGUUCUCAUGAGGGUGUUGUUGCAGGAGCUAAAGCAGCAGUGGUGGCCUCCAUUGCAAGUGCCAUUCCAACGUUGGCCAGUGCAAGAAUGCUGCCUUGGGCAAGAGCCAAUCUCAAUCACACUGCUCAAGCUCUCAUAGUCUCCACAGUGGCUGGAGCAGCAUAUUUUAUAGUCGCCGACAAGACGGUUUUGGCAUCCGCACGCCGGAAUUCUUUCAAGCAGGGCUAAUUCUGUAACACAAACAUAACUGAAGCUAUAUCUUUCCACUGAGCCUUUGUAUUUCGGUUAUGCCCUUAUGCUAC